AUGGAGACACCACUAAAUAUCCACGGUCAAAAAAGCCUGAAUAAUGUGGACUCUUUCACUGAGAUCCUUACAACUGACUGUUUAACAUGCUUACCCGUUGCACCUAUUCUUCCUGUUUCGGAGAUUACCGUUACUGAGAUUGUGCCGAAUUCGAUGUCAGAAAAGUCCCAGGUUAUAUCCAGACAGGAGUGGUACCAAAAACUAAUGAAGAGCGGUAUCGGUAGAAAGGGCGGGCCCAAGAUGAACAUUUCUCUUGCUGCUGCUUACGAAUACCCUGAUCAAAUCAAUAUUGUGAUAACCUCCAGAAGCAAGAUCGGGGAUGUAGUCUACUGUCGUUAUUUUGACGAACGCCGGAAUGAGAAUGGUAAAGCAUUCAAAACUAUGGUAUUUCCGGACUUCAAUGUAGACUGCCUCCUUCGCGAAGGCGCUGCUUUUAUGUCACUGACGGAUACACCUGAUGGAGCAUACGAAUAUCCUGUUCCUGUUAUUAACCGCACUCAAAGAGGUGAGCGAAUACAGUUUCGACAGUGUCACUCAGCCAAUUUAUCACCGAAGUGA